UUAAAGAGUUUAAAGAUGAAGAUUGGAAUAUGGGCAAUAUUGUGUACACACUGACAAACAGACGGUACCUUGAAAAGUGCAUUGCUUAUGCAGAGAGCCAUGAUCAGGCACUCGUUGGGGAUAAGACACUGGCAUUUUGGUUGAUGGAUGCUGAAAUGUAUACCAACAUGAGUGUUCUGACCCCAUUUACUCCAGUUAUUGAUCGUGGAAUACAGCUUCAUAAAAUGAUUCGACUCAUUACUCAUGCUCUUGGCGGAGAAGGCUAUCUCAAUUUUAUGGGUAAGUAUGAGUUGAACACAUAUCCCAUCUAUGUUCAGAACAUUAACUAAUAUUACAUAUGACAU